UUAUUCUUAUGUAAUCAAAUUAAAGUAAAGGACUUAGCUCGUCUAAUUACCAUAAUUUGUAUGUUAAGCACGAGUUGUCCGUAAUCACAAACUUGACAACACAAUUUGUGAUUUUAGAUCAAUCAGCCACUCUUCUGUUUUUUACACAGAAUAGGCGGAGAGAGAAAGAGAGCUUCGUUUCUUUCAUCAAUGGAGAAUUCAACAGCAAGUGAAGAAGACGACUUCUCAGUAUUUGUGUUAGCUUCAGACUUAGGAGUUGACGCUCGACCUUUCUUAGAUUCCUCUGAAAACCCCUCUGAAACUUGGCAUGAUUGUCCUUCCUACUUCGCCGAUGAAGACUUCUCCGAUCUCGAAGCUCGUGAUUUCUUCCGCCUUCAAGGCUCCGAUAAAUCCGGCAAUCGUAUCUUCCGCAUCGUCGGAAAAUACUUCCCUGCUCCAGUUAUUGAUUCUGAACGAUUGAAGAAGUAUGUAUUCUACAAAAUCUACACAGAAUUACCUGAGGGGCCGUUCGGAAUUGUUUAUAUGCAUACUACAGUACAAAAGGAGGAUAAUUCCCCAGGAAUGACCAUCUUGCGAUGGAUUUAUGAGGACCUCCCAGCUGAAAUUAAAGAUAGACUUCAAGUUGUUUAUUUUCUCCACCCCGGUCUUCGGUCAAGGCUUGCAUUUGCAACACUUGGACGGUUCUUCUUGAGCGGAAACUUGUAUUGGAAAAUUAAGUAUGUCAGCCGCUUGCAGUACCUCUGGGAUGAUAUAAAGAAAAGUGAGGUUGAGAUACCAGAAUUUGUGAAAGGUCAUGAUGAUGUACUUGAAAAUAGACCACUAACUGAUUACGGGAUUGAACCGGAUCCUUUGAAAUUGACUGAGGUUCCUUCCAUGUCCUUAUCUCUUGGGCGAUAUGAUUAUGAAGAAAGGUGGGCAUCUAGGGAGCAGCGCAUGUAUUGAGAAUCAACAUGUUUGUGCUAAUGGCUUGAUGAAAAAGAACCAGACAUAAAAGUUAGAGAACACAUAGCUCUAUAAAAUACAGUGUAACGUAUUAAUAUGCCCCUUGUAAUGUCAUGGAGAUGAAUUUCAAAAGAGCUUCAAGGCGUCAUCUCCUGCAAAGUAUAAAGUGUAAUUUGUAUGCAUAUUUACUAGAGUAUACGGUUGUGGUUCUUCAUUCUUUGCCUUUGGCUAUAACACUAUUGUUAUUUGACUCAUUUAUAGAAAGACAAAUCAGUUUCUUUUGUACUUCA